GGCAAAGAGGCUUUCAGCGGGGACAGGAGGACAGUCUCCGUUUCAAUGGAAUAAAAACUGCGCAAUUUCUUUAAGGAGCGCUUGGCCGGAUCGCGGGGGGACCAUUCCGCCGCGCGAGACGGAUGUUAGUUGCUUUCGGGCGCUUCGGGAAUCCGCGGCCGCUGCAACGCUCGCUUCCAGAUUUUUACCAGAUGGUGUUCAUGGGAGGAGAGAGGGAAAAGGAGAGAGAGCCGUGCAACCAUCCAGAAAGGCGCGAUGACUGUGCAGAGAUGCGGGAUCAGGGAUGAGUGCGUCCGUCAUGCCUUGCCCAUGGGCGAAGCACACCCCCCCCCCUCCCCAGCUCGGGCUGCGAUCUUUUUCUGCGUGUGUCGACGUUUGCACCCGGACUCGUUUCUAGACGUCCACCGGGCUUCGGUGUUUUUUGGAGGGGAGAGGGCUGCGUCAUUCCCGGCGGGAGACGGAGAUGGACCGCUGUGCACAUUUCCCCACUAUUACACAGGUCCAACACGGCACCUCGCGGCACCUCCCCGGCACGUUUCCGAUCGCACACAGGAGAAUGGGAAUAAGCACCAUGGCCCAUUAUCGCCGCGCUGCGUUUGAGGGACCACCUGCGCCUGAUUGAGUCCAUAAGUGAAACGCCGGCAUGUCCGAGAAAUAGGAAGUCACAGCCUGGGAAUGGAUGUGACUGGCACUCCAUCACUGAUGGUGACAAGACAAUAUCUGGGCCGUCUAAUUAUUCUGUCCGUACACACCCAGUGUGUGUGAUCACAAGUGGCAGACAGUAGCAGUGAAACGGGAGGCGGGAGGCUUCCAGGCAGAUGGAAUCAGACACAGUCAAGAUGGAGAUAAGUCGAUCCAGGGAUGGGGCGAGGGAGUGAAAGAGAUGCCACAACAAGGAGGAAGCGCCAGAGGGGAGAGGAGGCAUGGAGGGGGUUGAGUCGAGGGAGCAGGGGCCCCGGAUGGAGAGCAGGAUAUAGGAGCGUGACUGGGUCCGACCUUAGGGGGAGAAGGAGGAGGAGGGAGCUGCUCUCGCUGCUCGGUUUAAAGGGAAAAUACACGGCUCAUCCAAAGCUGGGAGCGCAGGCAGGAAGGGAAGCAGGCGGCGGUGGGAUUCUGCUGAGCUGGCGGACGCUCCGACCAACAGUCCCUGUUUUGGAUCUUACUCCGCGGAGCGAACCCUCUCCCUGCGCGCGACCGGAGCCCGGCCACGGACAAGUCAUGAAGGCCUGCUGAGGAGCCUGCCUACAUUACCCAUGAUCACCAGGGCCGAGGAGACCCCAGAGAGAUGAUUGGCAGCCGAAGCUCAGACUUAACACGACUGUGAAAACAAUACGUUGGUGCUACUCUGAAAGCCAAUAGGCUUUUGGGUUCUUGGUGCUGAAAACAGGAGUCGUACAGUGCGGACACAUUCACCGUUUGAAGUGAGGCCCUAUCUGUGCUGCAGUGGAGGGCUUCACAGAUACAGCUAGUCUGGCUGGAUGCAUAACGCAGUAGAGCAGUUUGGCAGGCGUGGCACACGGGAUUCCUUCCCUCUGGACGGACUCAGCCGGGGGUCAUGGACUCCCGUGGGCGACCACACCUGGCAGCCACAUAGCAGGUGUAUGCUCGGAAUGAACCAACACCAGCUCCCUCCCCAUCUACCUCCAGCUCCUAUAGGUGGACUGAACCAUCAUAGCAAAUAUUUCAGUAAUGGGCCUAUGAGAGGAGCUGAGAAGCUUGAGGUCUCACAGUCAUUGUUACCAGGCCUCCAGAGAGAGCAGCAAAGACCUCCUCCUCAUCAUCCUCACCAUCUUCAUCCUCCACCCCCACACAGAGCAUGGGAGCUGUAUGAAUCCCACCUCCCUCCUCAAGGACACCCUGUCGUGCCUCUCACCAAUGAGCACUCACUCCGCCUCCAUAAUGGAGGAUAUGCAGGUGGUGGCGGACCCCCCCACGGCCGACAUCUACCCCACAGCAGGCCGAACCAACUGCUGAAGUUUGGGGGUCCUCAGGAGCAACCUGUCCCUCGGGGCCCACCAUUGCUGGGAGAUGAAAUGUGGGCUCAGCUGCACCAGAGGGGCUACCCAGGGAAGUUGCUAGGGGGUCAACUCAAGAGGCCAGGCCCUCCUCUUGGAGAGCACUCUGUUAUCCAGCACACUCCACCAUCCCUGCACUCGCUGUCCCGCCCUCCCAAUGCCGAGGACUGUCCUAGUCCCAGCAAGAGGAAAAAGAGUUCGGAGCAGCGAUGCUCUGGUCAAUCAACGUUGUCUCAGCAGCAGUCAGCUGUUCACCACCCCCCUCCGAAGCCCACCUUCUGGAGCCCCCUUCACAAGGAAAGUAACACUCCCUGGCAGCCCCACACCCCUGAGCGCAAGAACCCACAGUCCCAGGAGUUCCAGGAACCCAACGUACAGGGAAUGGCUAACUACAGCCAGAAGUCCUCUUCUGCCCCCUUCUCCCCUGCAAACCUUUCUCCUCCAUCAAACUCAUCUCCAAGGGGCUACAAGCAGAAUUGUGCUCCAAACCUUCAGAAAGAUACAUACAAACCUCAGGCUGUAAACCAUCGGUCCCCUCACUCCUCCUACCCCAGCCCCAAAGUGGGGCCAGCUCCGCCCUGCCAGGCUAUGGAACCCCACGGUCCCCAAAACCAGAGAGGCCCUCUCACUGGGGGCCAAGGUGGCAGCCAAGCUACCUCUCACAUGGCAUCUACCCCAGCCAGAGGGGACAGAAAUCCACACCUGCAUACCCAGUCAGCACCAGCAAACCCUCUGGCAACCAGCAGCAGCAGCAGCAACAACAGCAGUGUGCCUUAUAGUCACUUCCAGCCUCACCCGGGGCUGGGGCACCAGGGUCCCACUCGCCGCCCUCCCCCACCUCCUGCUGCCAGCAGCAGUACCUCAGUACCUCAGCAACAGCAAAGCGGGCCCCACGAGGCCUGGAGAUACCAGAGUAAACCCAGCAGUCACUCCUUGGAGUCAGGCAUCUACAGGCCUCCAGGACUGCUACCUCAGCAUCAUCAUCAUGUCAACCAUCCUCUGCCCUCAACCAACUCCACCCGAGCACCUGUCAUUACCCCUAAUGUCCCCAUAUCCCAGGCAUCCUGCUCAGUUGGCCGCUAUAGGAACAGCGGCUCUAGUGGCGUAGAGACCACAUCCCCCCCUGCUGGGGGCUCUGUGAGCAAUGGCAGCAUUAAGGACAACAGGCAACGAGGACACGAGCCAGUAAAUCAGACCUCAACCAGCACAGUUACUAGACCCACUGCACAGAUGGAUGCGCUGCUGCAGCGAGAUAAUCACAGAGGCCCAAGUCUCAUGACAAAACAGCCCAACCCCAAGAGGUCACCCCAACCACAAGAACAGGAACCCACCAAAUCCCAUUGCACAAAUGAGAGGAGCUCAUACUACACCCAGUCUAAAGUAGAGCAACAUUCUCCCUUUUCCGCAUCUUCUUUGUUUUCCUCAGGGCUCCAGGGAGCAGCGGACAGAGUAAUGACAAGCAGACUUUCAAACCCACCCCCGAACCCUGCUCCUCCCUGCUCUGUCAGCUCAUCCAAUGCAAGCCUCUCCUCCAGUCGGAACCAUCAGCGGGACUCUGCCUCCACACAGAUGUUCUCUCAGUCCCAUCUCUGUCCACCAGGUCCAUCCUCUGUAACCCAGUCCAUUGAAGAGGCUCUAGACAAGCUUGAUGCCGAGUUAGAGGGACACAUGCAAGCAGAGGAAAGGAGAAAGAGAGAUAAAGAGGAGCUAGAGAGAAAAAUCAGAGAAGAGGAGAGACUGAAGCGAGAGCUGGACAUGAGACAAAAGCAAGAGGAGGAGAGGAAAAGGAAGGAGCUUGAGGUAGAGAGAGAGAGGAAAAAGAGAGAACUCGAAAGACAGGAGGAGGAGAAGAGAAGAAGAGAGCGGGAGAGAAAGGAGCAGGAAAGGAAACGGAGGGAAGCCCAAAGGCUGGAGGAAGAAAGGAAAAAGAGAGAGUGGGAGAAAAAGGAGCAGGAGAGAAAGAAGAGAGAGUCAGAGAAAAAGGAGGAGGAAAAAAAGAAGAGAGAAGCAGAGAGGAUGGAGAGAAACAAAAAAGAACUGGAGAGGCAGGAGGAGGAAAAGAGAAAGCAGAGAGAGCUGGAGAGGAAACGCCGGGACGAGGAGAAAAAGAGCAUGGAGCCUGAGAAGAAGGAGGACGUGUGUGAUGCAAAAGGCAGAGAACAGGCAGCGAUCGAAAGCCUGAAGAGACUGCUCUCCGGUGACGUUUCCUCAACGCCGCCACCUCCUCGCCUCUCCUCUGCUUCUGCACCUUCUUCGGCUCCUCCGCCCCCGGGUUCCCAGGCCUCGCCCCCCUACCCGUGGCUAAGCCGCGGGGGCGUGCUCCCCUCUCCACAGGGCCUCACCACCGCCGCCACCGCCCCUGCGGAGAGGCUGCGGCCGCCUCCUCUCACGCCUCAGACGGACUACGCCAGGGAAAAGCAGCGGCAGCGGGAGAUGUGGAGCAGCCACGGCGGAAUGACAUUCAGCCCAGCAACACACAAUACCUCAGGAACGCACCAGCAUGUGUACCCCCACAAACCCCCAGCGAUGCAAGCUGCACCUAAUCAACCCAAAGACUCGGCCAAGGAGAGAGAGAGCGGCCAACACUCUGUCCCCACCCUGGCGCUCAGAGAGCCCCCCAGACUGUAUCAGGCCUUCCCCAGAGAACCCCCCCCACCGCCGCCUUUAUCCUCAGCCGGUCGACUCUUCAGCAAGCAGGUGUCUAAGGGCAGCCUGGAAAACGCCAGCAGCAGCUGCAGCACGGACUCCGACAGUGCACAGUUCGAGGAGGAGUCGUCGGAGUUGUCCACGCUGCUCCCCGACGGCCUGGCCAACAUCAUGGCCAUGCUGGACGAGUCCAUCAAGAAGGAAGAGGAGAUGUACAACAGCGAGAAAACCGGCCCCACAGGUCUCCUGGAGAGCUUUUCUCCCAGCGUCCCACCCGUCAAGAACUACCUGUGCGCCCCGGACCUUAUUCCAGCAACAAAGCAUCAGCCCAACCAGGAGGAGUUCGCAUCCAACCCCCAUUCCAGCCCCCCGGUGCUCAGUCGCCAAGGCUCCCUGGCGUCCCCCUGCAGCCGGACGUCGUCUCUCAAUGAGGAGGACGAGGACUACUUGAAACCGUUCCCGAACGUCCCCAAACAGUCGGUGGACAUGAAAAUGGGAGUAGCCAACACCAACUACCGCCACAGUGACCUGGCUAAACUCUAUGGGCUCCCCGAGCAGACGAAAAGCGAGGCUGACGAGGACGACGAGGACGAAGAUUCGGAGACGCCGUCCUGUUCCCCUCCACCCCAGAGACCCCACCUCCACCAGACGGGGGUUAAUAGUAUGUUCAAAUCGCUGGCCACGGUUCUAGAGAGCCAGAAGUAUGCGUACAGAGGUGGGCCCUUUGGGAGGCCUCCUCCAUCCGCACUGGUUGGGGUCAAAUAUUCCUCUUCACUGUCACUGGGCCCGGACAUUUGCCGCCAACAGCAAGGUGGUUCCCCGACAUCAGAUUCGACAAACCCACCAUUCAGUCCAGCCACUGCCCCUUCGAAGUCCUCCUCUCUGCUGGAGGAUGGAAAAUUAAAAAUAGAGGAUGAAGAUGACUGGAGGGAUGAGGAGGAGACGACAGAGGACCUGAUCAGUUCCAUCAAGAAGGAGAGGAGUCCUACUGUGAAGCCCAUCCGGGUGGUCAAGGAGGAGCAAAGGCUCCUGACCAUCUCGGAGUCUUCUCUGGCCGAGCUGGGCAAGAGCUGCGAGGUCAUCCUCAGUCGACAGUCGCUUUCUAGCAAGAGCUCCCAUGAUAAACCACACAGUCACGGCAAAGUGGGCGACAGACACAAGCCCGAAAAAGUGAAGGAGCGCAAAGAUAAAGACAGACACAAGGACAGGGAGAGGGAGAAAGAGAAGAAGAGGAAGCACAGCCACAGCAAGAAGCACGAAGAAAGGAGGGAGAAGAAACACCGAGACAAGAGGGACGACCUGGCCUUUUCCUCCUCGUCCUCGUCUUCUACCCAUUCCAGCUCCGGCCACAAGCGGCACAAGGACGGCAAGGUCCACAAAAAGGACCGCAGGAUUCUGGGCGACCUCAACCUCCAGAGCAAAGACCGGCCUGAGAAGAAUGCGAACGAAUGCGACGCGGAUAAAAGGAAACGGAAGGAGGCCUCCGGCGCUGGGUCCUCGGGCGAAGGCGAGCACGCGGAGUGGAGCUCGAGGAGUUCGGGGGAUCGAUCUGAGCACAACAACGGGCCCGAGUCCGGUUCUUCGCUGGGGUCCACAGACUUCAUGAAACUGAAGGCACUGUCGGACGGGCCGCCCAAGGAGCUGAAGAUUCGCCUGAUCAAAGUGGAGAGUGGGGACAGAGAGACAUUCAUCGCGUCUGAGGUGGAGGAGAAGAGAAUCCCACUGGAAGAGAUCAGCAUAAAGAACACUGCCAGUGAAAUCAUCAGAGCCUGCAAGGCAGCCAGAGUCAAAGGGAAGUUCAAGGAGUCCUUCCUGCUCCCGGCCUUCUCUGUGAAGCCGAUCAUGAAGUCGGAGGAACCCAUUCCUAGAGAGAAGCUCAACCCACCUACACCCAGCAUCUAUCUGGAGAGUAAGAGAGACGCCUUCUCCCCCGUGCUGCUGCAGUUCUGCACAGACCCCAAGAAUCCUGUAACUGUGAUCAGAGGCCUGGCUGGAUCUUUACGCCUCAACCUUGGACUGUUUUCUACGAAAUCACUGGUGGAAGCUAACGCAGAUCAGGCGGUGGAGGUGAGGACUCAGGUGCAGCAGCCUGCUGACGAGAACUGGGAUCCCAGUGGGAAAGGUCAGACAUGGCCCUGUGAGAGCAGCCGCUCCCACACCACCAUAGCGAAGUACGCCCAGUACCAGGCCUCCAGCUUCCAGGAGAGUCUGCAGGAGGAGAAAGGCAGCGACGAGGAAGACGAUGAGGACGAAGAGAAAAAGCCACUAAACAUUUCUGAUCCUUCCAGCAGAGACAUCACUAAAGACGGCAACAGUGGGGAGCAGAAACCAGUGGGGAAGAUCAUCAAGUUUGGCACUAACAUUGACCUCUCGGAUCCCAAGAGGUGGAAGCCUCAGCUGCAGGAGCUGCAGAAGCUGCCGGCGUUCAUGCGUGUGGCGUCCAGCGGGAACAUGCUGAGCCACGUCGGACACACCAUCCUAGGCAUGAACUCCGUCCAGCUCUACAUGAAGGUUCCAGGGAGCCGGACUCCUGGGCACCAGGAGAACAAUAACUUCUGCUCGGUAAACAUCAACAUUGGUCCUGGAGACUGCGAAUGGUUCUCCGUCCAUGAGGACUACUGGCAGGCCAUCAAUGACUUCUGUGAAAAGCAUGGGGUGGACUAUCUGACGGGGUCCUGGUGGCCGGUGCUGGAGGACCUCUACAACGCCAACAUCCCCGUGUAUCGCUUCAUCCAGCGGCCUGGAGACUUGGUGUGGAUCAAUGCCGGAACCGUUCACUGGGUUCAGGCCGUGGGCUGGUGCAACAACAUUGCCUGGAACGUGGGACCCCUCAAUGGUUACCAGUACCAGCUGGCCCUGGAGCGCUUCGAGUACAAUGAAGUGAAGAAGGUCAAGUCCAUCGUCCCCAUGAUUCACGUGUCCUGGAACGUGGCCCGAACUGUUAAAGUCACCGACCCAGACACUUACAGGAUGAUGAAACACUGCCUGCUGCAGUCCAUGAAGCACAUCCAGAUCCUGCGAGACCAGCUGGUGUCUGAAGGCAAGAAGAUCUCCUAUCAGAGUCGGGUCAAGGACGAACCUGCCUACUACUGCAACGAGUGCGACGUGGAGGUGUUCAACCUGCUGUUCGUAACGAGCGAGAACAACAGCAGGAAGACAUACGUGGUUCACUGUGAGGACUGCGCUCGCCAGCGGAGCCCCAACCUGAACAACGUGGUGGUGCUGGAGCAGUACCGCAUGGAGGAGCUCAUGACGGCCUACGACUCCUUCAGCCUGGUGAGCGCGGCCCUGGCGCCGUAGCGGCGCCGUCCAGCUCGCGGCCGAGCCCCCCCCCCCGUCGGCACCUCCAGCCCACAACUAAUGCCCCUGUGUUUGUCUCAGCAGGCGCCCCCCUCCUUGCGGUGACGGAGGUCCCCCCUCCUCCAUCCUCUCAGCCAUAACCAAAACGCCUGCCAGGCAGGACAAACAGCAGUUUCACUUUGGGUUUCAGCUUCACGUUUCGUUAUUUAAAAAGACUUUUGCUACAACUACUGCUAAUACUUGCCGAUUAGCCAGUUGAAUAAGUUUACUCAUUACUGUUUACAGAGAAAAACAAAAACAAACAAAAUGUAAAAAAAAAAAAAAAACAAGCUGCCAAUAAACUUUCAAAUGGUGCUUUCAAAUAGAAACCCUGGCAACGUGAUGUUGAGAACCAGGGCACAGGUGGUGCUGCCGCUGAACAAACGGUGCAGAGGAGGUCGUGGCUUCAGUGGCGCCUUUCUGUCGGUCCCAGAACAAACGUUCUGUUGUCUUGAAUACUGAAAUUUGUACAUGCUGUUUGAAAUUUUUGUGGGGUGCUGUCUUUUUUUAAGAUAACUUAUUGUUUUGUUUUGUUUUCUAAACUAGAUCAUCCUAGAUAUAUACCACAUUGGCCUUGUAUUUAGAAAAGAGAGAAAAUGAAAAAUACUAAUAACAGAGAUAUGAACAUUUUUCUAAAGCAUUAAGAAUUUAAAAAAUACAAUUGUUUGGAAUGCUUCAAAACAUACGGGUUUACCAACUUUGGUUGUUUUGGGGGGAUUUCAUUAGACUUUCAGCUUCUUGUAUUUGUUGUAAAUCUUGUGUUUUUAUGAAUUUUACUUUUGUUUUCUCCUUCACUCGUCACAGUUUCUAUUAAUUUGGUCCAUCUCUAUAUGACCUCUUGAAAGAUCAAUGUCACAUGGUGUUUGUGUUGUACCUGUUUCGUUCGAAUAUGCAGAUUUAGUACUUUCUGGAUUUUUUUCGUCUUUUUUUGCAUUGUACAUUAAUUUAAAAUGUUUGCUCUAUUUAUUGGAUAUCAACGUUCUCCCCUUUUUUUAAUAGGGUUGUACAAUUUUGCGAUAUUUUUUUUUCUUCAUUUUUUAUGGUGACUGAUUGCUCUGUAAGAAAUGAAAGAUGGGGUUUGUGUGUCGGCAGGAUUGGAGGCUGCUGUUUCUCUGGUGCUUGCCUCGCGACUCUUGCCUUUCUCUCCUGAUAUAUAUGAAAUGAUAUCUUUAUCUUGAAUAUAACGCCACCUUUCCUGUAGAUGAUAGACACACUGCUCAUUUAGAGAUGACUAAUGGAAUGCUGUGUUUGUAUGCUUAUUAAGGAAAAACAUUUUUCCAAAGGGUUUUGAGAAUUUUUUUUAUGAUGUAGGGACUUUUAGACGAGAUUUUAUGAUAUUAUCUGUUGAAUAUGAUAAUGGGAUAGAUGGUGCUAAAUGUUCUCUUUGAACAACCUUUUUUCUGUUUGUGUUCUUAAAAUGAGAAUUAUAUUUUUCCUGUUGCAAUAUUACCUUACCCCUUUUUCUUCUCUUUGUGGUCAUUUAUUUAUAACUGCACUGUUUAGAGAAUCCACACAGGCAUACUUGCAAACACACAGACACACCAAACUGAGCCAGCCUUGUCUUAAACACUUGUGAAUUUGUGUGACAUUACUAUUAAUAAACGCUUUUUGAUAAAUCCA